GUUUUGACAUUUCUAUUGACAGUAAAAUUGCAAACGUUUACGCUGUUUUUUUCAGAUUUGUGCAAUUUAUUGCAGGAUAAAGUGUAAAGAAUUUAUUUCCAUGAAAAGAAAAUAAAGCAAACAAGAUGAAGAACCGAUUUAAUACCUACGAUAUAAUGUGUAUGAUCACAGAAUUACAGAGGCUGAUUGGCAUGCGAGUCAAUCAAGUGUACGACAUCGACAACAAAACGUAUGUGAUACGAUUGCAGCGGUCUGAAGAGAAGAGUGUGCUGCUACUGGAGUCAGGAAACAGAUUCCACACCACACAAUUUGAAUGGCCCAAGAAUGUGGCACCCUCUGGGUUCACAAUGAAGCUAAGGAAACAUCUAAAAAACAAACGACUAGAGCGUCUCACGCAGCUUGGCAUUGAUCGUAUAGUAGACCUCCAGUUUGGCACCGGUGAGGCAGCGUAUCAUGUUAUACUGGAACUGUAUGACAGGGGAAACAUAGUCCUGACCGACUGUGACUGGACCAUUCUUAACGUACUCAGGCCUCAUGUGGAAGGAGAUAAAAUCAGGUUUGCUGUCAAGGAAAAAUACCCACUAGACAGGGCAAAAACGAACUACGCUGCACCGUCAGAAGACGCUUUGAAAGAAAUACUGGCAAAAAGCAAACCUGGGGACAAUUUGAAGAAGAUCCUGAAUCCCAACCUUGAAUACGGAUCGGCCAUUAUAGACCACGUGCUCUUAGAGAAUGGUCUCACAGGCAACAUGAAAGUGAGCUCAGACCCCAACAAGGGUUUUUUUGCCGAGAGAGACCUUGGGAAACUCGCGACGGCCCUCAAACAGGCUGAGAAACUUCUGGAUGCUGCCAAAACAGAAGUCUCAAAGGGCUACAUCAUCCAAAAGAAAGAAGAGAGACCGAGCCCCGAGGGCGAAGCACCUACUUUCCUGCUGACCAACCAGGAGUUCCAUCCGUUGGUCUUCUCUCAGCACCGCUCGCAGCCUAUUGCAGAGUAUGAGACCUUUGACAGAGCUGUGGAUGAGUUCUACUCGGCUUUGGAGGGGCAGAAGAUUGAUUUGAAGACGGUGCAAGUGGAAAGAGAAGCGUUGAAGAAGCUUCAAAACGUGCGCAAAGACCACGAGAAGCGAGUGACUGAGCUCGCGAGCGUGCAGGUCGCGGACAAGCGAGCUGCUGAGCUCAUAGCUCGCAAUGAGCAGCUCAUCGAGCAGGCGCGCCUCGCGAUACAGACUGCUAUCGCCAACCAGAUGUCCUGGGACGACAUCAAACUCCUGGUGAAAACAGCGCAAGACAACGCCGACCCCGUAGCCUCUCACAUCAAAGACCUCAAGCUGAAGACCAACCACAUCACCUUACUGCUCGAAGACCCGUACAAGCACAGUGAUGAUGAAGACGAUGACAGCGAGAAACUGGAGCCGAUGCUCGUGGAUAUUGACUUGUCUUUGACGGCGUUUGCUAAUGCUAGGAGAUACUACGACCAGAAGCGAAACGCCGCCAAAAAGCAGCAGAAAACCAUCGAGUCCUCCGACAAAGCUCUAAAAAGUGCUGAAAGGAAGACCAAGCAGACCCUGAAGGAAGCUAGUGCCAUCAGCAGCAUCAGCAAGGCCAGGAAGACGUACUGGUUCGAGAAGUUCUUCUGGUUCAUAUCCUCGGACAACUACUUGGUGAUAGGCGGCCGCGAUCAGCAACAGAACGAGUUGCUUGUGAAGCGUUACCUUAAAGCCGGUGACGUGUACGUACACGCUGAAGUCACGGGUGCAUCAUCCGUCGUGGUCAAGAACCCGUCCGGAGCACCCAUCGCGCCGCGAACGCUGGCCGAGGCCGGACAGGCCGCCGUGGCCUACAGCGUGGCGUGGGAAGCAAAAGUGAUGACGCGCGCUUGGUGGGUGCACGCGCACCAAGUGUCCAAGUCGGCGCCAACCGGAGAAUACCUCACCACCGGCUCCUUCAUGAUCCGCGGCAAGAAGAACUACCUGCUGCCCGACCAGCUGCACUUCGGGUUCACCUUUAUGUUCAGGCUGGAAGACAGCUGCAUAGAGAAACAUCGCGGCGAGCGCAAGACGAUCGUGUUGGACGAUACCGCCUCUGACGUCACAUCCAUACAGGAAGACGAGCAGGAGAUCAUUGUCUCUGAUGAUGAUGAGCCCUCAGACAAGGAAGACGCAAAAUCAUCGUCCGAACCGAAACUGGGCACAAUAUCAGAAGAAACUUCCAAAUCUGACAACAAAGACGAUUCGUCUUCUCAAACCGCUCCUACAGAAGAUCUUGACAAAGAAGAUGAUGAUAAAGAAUAUGAUGAAAAUGAGAAAGAAGAUAAACAGGAUGAAAAAGAAGACAAAAACAGUGACACAGACAGUGAUGACGAAAGCUCUUCAGAAAGCAAAUUCCCAAAUACUCAUAUUAAGGUGGAUCAUGGCACAGGAGAAGUAACUGUUCAGUCCAAAACGCGAACUAUGUCAGAAGCAUCAGAUAGAAGUGAAGACACAAUCAUGUCCUUCCCAUCGCUCCCUAAAAAAGGCGGUAAAAAGCCGCAGAAGGGCAAAGGAGAGAAACAGAAGAAGCCAGAAGAGACCCCCAAGGAGUGCCCCACCAAGCGCGGACAACACGGCAAGAUGAAGAAGAUGAAAGAGAAGUACAAGAACCAGGACCCAGAGGAUAAAGAGAGGAUGAUGCAGCUGCUACAGUCAUCUAACAACGCAAAGGAAUCAAAGAAGGCCCUGAAGAAGGCCGCAGCCCUGAAGGCAGGCAACAAGACCAAAGGCCCGCGCGCGCAGAAGAUUCCUCAGCCCGCGCCCGUUAUACUGGAAGCUGAUUCGGAGGAGGAACUGGAGCCCGAGGUCGAGCAAGAGACAGCCGGCGCGGACGCCGACGCCGAACUGUUAGCUCAGCUGACAGGCGCACCGCUGGCAGACGACGAGCUGCUAUUCGCAGUACCAGUCGUAGCGCCCUACUCCGCGCUACACAACUACAAGUACAAAGUAAAACUGACUCCCGGUACCAGCAAGCGCGGUAAAGCAGCCAAGACCGCAAUACAGGUGUUCUUACGCGACCGGGCGUGCACCGCGCGCGAGCGGGACUUGCUCAAAGCGGUGAAGGAAGAAAACAUCGCCCGCAACUUCCCAGGGAAGGUCAAGCUGUCUGCGCCGCAGCUGCAUAAGCAUAAGAAGUGAAACCAAGUCUGCUGGUAUAAUAAUCAGGUAAAGCCCGGUCGCCGAGCACGUAGAAAU